UUUGCACCUAGUAAUCAUCUUCGGGGCGCAGUUCAGCGAAGAUCGCUCGGAAUUUCUGCUCCCUGGGAUCUCGGGCUUUGAUUUAUUCGUCGGAAUGGACAAUAGAGAAGGAUUAUGGAAACUGCAGAAGGGAACGAUGACCAUGUUCCUAGGGGAAGUGGUGGGCACGGGAGUCUUACUCUUCGUCGGGUGCAUGGGAGGCGUCGGUACCCUGGGGCGAGCCCCACCGCCUCCCAUGCAAAGUGCCUUCACAUUUGGUUUGACUGUCAAUAUGAUCAUAAUGAUGCUAGGACACAUAAGCGGCGCUCACCUGAACCCCGCAGUCACAAUAGGCUCCAUCAUCAUCCGGCAAAAGACAAUUGCUACGGGACUCGUUUACAUGAUAGCUCAAUUCGUUGGCGCAAUAAUUGGAUAUGGACUGCUCAAGAUAGUCACACCCGAGGCCUUAUUCACCGACGGCUUCCCAGACUCUAGCGUUCCCCUCUGCGUUACCGUGGUUCAUCCCGGAAUAACGACAAUUCAAGCCGUCUUGAUCGAAAUAUUGUGCACAGCCAUUGUCCUCUGCACGGCGUGUGCCACUUGGGAUCCGCGGUGUGCGCACACGACUGAUUCUGUUGCUCUGAAAUUUGGGAUGGCGAUCGCUGGCCUCUCCUUCGCUGCGAGCCCAUACACUGGGUGCAGUAUGAACCCAGCGAGAACAUUCGCCCCCGCAUUCUUUAAUGGUGCUUGGGAGAACCAAUGGAUUUACUGGAUAGGGCCGGUUCUAGGAGCCUUCCUAGGUACUUACACCUAUCAAGUGUUAUUCAGCGCUUCCAAAGAAGAGGCUGACACGGCGUACAGCAGGGGCGUGGAGCUGUCUGUUAUUCAUGACAAAUUAGAGGGCGCAGAUUCGCCAUGACCAGGGCUCUAUAGAAUAGUAAGGAUAAUCAGUCAUUUCUCGUGAAAGUAUGAGUGUGUUCUAUUGUUAUUCAUUGCUAGUCAUGUUAAUUCAAAUGUGAACUUGUGCCAAAAUUCACGAGCAAUUGUGUUCAACGGAGAAGACGAUGAAUUCGACGUUUAUAUUACAGCUCAAUUCUGUGAUAUUUAAUGAAUGAUGAGGAAAUAUAAAGAAUAUGGAUCAUGA